GUUUUCCGAAGCAGUAACUUUACUUUCUCUCUUCUCCCCGUUUCCCGGCGGUGAUUGUCACUGCUCCUUGUUUCCCGCAGGCGCCCGGCGAGACACAGGAUCUCGACGCCCGGCGAGCUAAGCCACCCACUCCUCCGCAUUCCACCGAUUCAUCCACCGUGUUUUCUCGAACCCCAAUCUCUGAUUUCAUCUUCUGGCCUUCGAAAAAAGCCCAGGAUUCGCCGGAAAAGAUGGAUUUUGAGCACAUGUAAAUAAGGGGAUUCUAAAACGCAGGAAUGGGUUCGAAGAGGAAGUCGGCUUCGCCGAAGAAAUCACGAGAAUUUGCUAAGAACAAUGAUUCUUCGAUCGCGGGUCUUCAGUCUAAGCACCAAGAAGAAAUAGCAAAUUUGACUCUUAUGGCACAGCCAUUCAAAACACUUAAGCUUUUUUCUAUGGCGAUACUACAGUGGUUGAGACAGUCUCUCUUGUAUUUUUUGUCACAUGUGUUAUUGUUUAUGGUACUCAUCGGCGUGGCUGCUCUCUUAGGAAUGCUUCUUCUGUCCACAGACUCCGCCCAGGGGAAGGUGGAGGAAGCCCUUCAGUAUGUACAGUUUGGGUUAUGGUGGACUGUUCUUGGUGUUGCAUCUUCUAUUGGCCUUGGGUCUGGCUUGCACACGUUCGUUCUGUAUCUGGGCCCACACAUUGCUUUGUUCACUAUAAAAGCAAUGAAGUGCGGUCGGGUUGACAUCAAGAGUGCCCCUUAUGAUACAAUUCAACUCAAAAGAAGCCCUUCAUGGCUUGGCAAGGACUGUUCUGAGUUUGGGCCUCCACUUUUUUCCUCUCCUAAUGGCCCGCGAGUUCCUUUGAGCAGUAUCUUGCCUCAGGUGCAAUUAGAGGCUAUAUUGUGGGGCCUCGGGACUGCCCUAGGAGAGCUCCCCCCUUAUUUCAUUUCAAGAGCAGCGCGGAUAUCAGGAAGUAGAUUAGAAGAACUUGAUACUCCCUCAACCGAGGAAAAGAAAGGGGUUCUAGCAAGUAAAUUAAAUCAAAUUAAGUGCUGGUUCCUUUCGCAUGCGCAAUAUUUGAACUUCCUCUCAAUCCUAAUUCUUGCCUCGGUGCCGAAUCCUUUAUUUGAUUUGGCUGGGAUAAUGUGCGGACAAUUUGGCAUUCCAUUCUGGGAGUUCUUCCUCGCUACAUUGAUUGGAAAGGCCAUCAUUAAAACUCAUAUCCAGACCGUGUUUAUAAUUUCGGUUUGCAACAAUCAACUCCUCGAUUGGAUGGAAAACGAAUUGAUUUGGGUUCUCGGCUUUGUUCCUGGAGUUGAUUCGUUCCUACCAAACUUGAUUACCAAGCUUCAUUCCAUUAAAAACACAUACAUGGCAGCCAAACCUCAUGCCUCUUCAAAUACUAAGGUAAACAAUUGGGAGUUCUCGUUUGCUUCGGUGUGGAACACGGUAGUAUCGAUUGUGCUCCUCAAUUUUUUCUUCAAGAUUAUAAACGCAACGGCACAAAGCUAUCUAAAGAAGCAGCUUGACAUGGAGAUUGCGGCGAGGAAGGGCAAGUCGCCAGCCAAGCAUUGAUUCCGUGGAGUCAAGCUUUACCGCUAAUCGCCGUUCGUCUCUCUCCUCCCUCUCAAGAGACCUAUUCAAACUCUGACAGGGAGGGAGGGAUACAGAAAUCACAGGCUUAAAAAAAUCUCAUUCUUAGCAAUAGAGAAAUGUGGGUAUAUUGUUAGUGUUGCUUUUGCUGGUUUUAUUGUUAUUGACUAUCUUCCUGUUUGGGAGUGACUCUUGUCAAUCCAUUAUCAAGAGAUAUAUAAACUUGACUCAAUUCU